AUGAAGACAAAUUUGUCACCGACCAAGGCUUGGGCAAUGCAGUGCCAGGUCCCUGGAAGCUGCCCUGGCCGGCGACCAAUCACCAAAAGUGCCAGUCGACGACUCCGAAUCACAGAGGCAGGUCGCCUGGCCCGUCUCUUGAAACUUGCCUUGACAUUGAGGAACCGCAGCUGUUUCGGCCUUUUCUGCAGCCCCUUUUGA